AACUUGCAUCACGUAUAAAAGAAAGCUCUAAGAAGAACGGCAACAUGUUCACUUGGGUAAAUAAGGAACAGGGUGGAAGAAACAAGGAGGGCGACAUGUUUCAAACAGUGACAGAAGGACUUCAGAGCCUUUAUGCUAAAAAACUGCUACCUUUGGAGGAGACCUACCUCUUCCACGACUUCCACUCACCGGCUCUGGAGGAGGCGGAUUUCCAUAGCAAGCCCAUGGUCCUCCUGGUGGGACAGUAUUCCACUGGGAAGACCACUUUCAUAAGGUAUCUUCUGGAGCAGGAUUUUCCAGGGAUGCGAAUUGGCCCUGAACCAACGACAGAUGGAUUCAUAGCUGUGAUGUACAAUGAGAAUGAGGGAGUUGUUCCUGGAAAUGCCUUGGUUGUGGACCCCAAGAAACCUUUCCGCAAGCUCAAUGCAUUCGGAAACGCCUUCUUAAACAGGUUCAUCUGCUCGCAAAUGCCCAACCAAGUUCUGCAGAGCAUUAGCAUCAUUGACACACCUGGGAUCUUGUCUGGAGAGAAGCAGCGCAUAAGCAGAGGCUACGAUUUCUCUGAGGUUCUGCGCUGGUUUGGAGAGCGAGUGGACCGCAUCAUUCUCCUAUUUGACGCCCAUAAGCUGGACAUAUCUGAUGAGUUUUCUGAAGCGAUCAGAGCUUUUCGCGGCCAGGAUGACAAAAUCCGUGUGGUAUUGAACAAGGCCGACCAAGUGGAUACUCAGCAGCUGAUGCGGGUUUAUGGUGCACUGAUGUGGUCGCUGGGAAAGGUGAUCAAUACUCCAGAGGUGGUGAGGGUCUAUCUCGGAUCUUUUUGGGCCAAACCUCUCCAAAAUGCAGACAAUCGACGUCUCUUUGAAGCUGAAACACAAGAUCUAUUCAGAGACAUCCAGGGUUUGCCUCGCAACGCUGCCCUGCGUAAGCUGAAUGACCUCAUCAAAAGAGCUCGCCUUGCCAAGGUGCAUGCUUACAUCAUCAGCUAUUUAAAGAAAGAAAUGCCCUCCUUGUUUGGGAAAGAGAAGAAAAAGGAGGAGCUGAUUGCCCACCUACCUGAGAUCUAUCAGAUACUACAGAGGGAGCACCACAUUUCACCUGGAGAUUUCCCUAAUGUCAUUAAAAUGCAGGUAAGACCUGGCCUCUGUCCAUGGAACUUGGGUAAAUAUUAGAUGUUAUAUUACCGCUUCUACCUAUGUUCACAAAGUAAACAAAACUAACCAGGAUGCGAGCUAACCAGCACUUUUUUUUUUAAAAUAAAGCUGUUCUUGCAUGAAUACAAUUUCCAACAACUGCUGGUUAUUAAUUUAUGUUAAUUGGUGCAAAUAUGUAUGAUGGAUUCCAGACUGUAGAUCUGAGGAAUGUUUAUUUUAUACAGUGUUUUAGCUCAACGUUUGAGUCCCUGAGGGGGCUGCUUAAGUCAGAGCCCUGCUGUUGUCUGUAGAGAAGACAGAGUGCAUACUUUCACUUUCUUCAGGUUUUGCCUGAGGUUGUUUACCCAGCAUGACUCUCAGUAGACUCUAGCCCCACAUCAGAAAUUGCAUUGAAUUAGGCCUGUAUGUGUAAACAAGACACCAGUCAAGCACUGUAAUGCAGUUUCACUUUUUUUUUCCCCCAGAAAUUAACAGGCACACAUCUCAUUUUCAGUGUUUCACUUUUUAUGAAAAAGACAGCAGUCAUAUUAUAGUCAAAUAUGCUAAUAUUAGCAAUUAUUGACUUGCACAUGCACUAACAAAGAACUUUCUGACCAGACAGCACUUCCAGGCAGCACUUGAAAGAGAAAGGCCAUGC